CGGCCGGUGCGAGGGGCGGCUGCCUCCAGAGGAGCCCCCGGCACCGAGGCUGCGGCUGCGGCUGCACCCAGGCGCGCGAGCGGCCGCGGAGCCCAGCCAGCCAGCCGGCCAGCCGGCCAGCCGGCCAGCCACCCAGCCAGCCGGCCAGCCACCCAGCCAGCCGGCCGGCCAGCCUAGGGGCGCGGAGCGGCCGAGCCCAGCCCAGCCCAGCCCAGCCCGGCCCAGCCCGGCCCCGCGCGAGUGACCAGUCCCUUGCUGCCGCUGCCGCUGCCGCUGCUGCUGUUACUGCUGCCGCCGCCAGCGCCGGCGACUGAAGGGCCGAUCGGUCCCAGUGCAUCCCUCCCUCCACCCUCUCUCUGGCUCCCUUGCUCCUCCUCGCUCAGCCCGGAGCCCCGACGAGCAGAGCCCCAGAACAGCUGCGGAGCGCACCCCGAGGAGUGGCAGUGACCCCCCACGUCUCCUCCCACCAUGCCCGUGGGCGCCGCGGCCUCCAAGAAUCCGGACCUUGAGUUCGACUCGCUGCAGCCCUGCUUCUACCCCGACGAGGACGACUUCUACGUGGGCGGCCCGGACGCCGCGCCCCCAGGGGAGGACAUCUGGAAGAAGUUCGAGCUGCUGCCCACGCCGCCGCUCUCCCCGAGCCGGGCCGGGCCCGGCGUCGGCCCCGGCGGGCUGCCCAGCCCGGCGGCCGCCUGGCCCGGGGGCGGUGAGCCCCCCGACUGGGCGUCCGAGCUGCUGCUGCUGCCGCCGCCCGAGACCGAGCCGUGGGGGACCUGGGGGCCGGCCCACCCGGCCUGGGGCGGGGGCAACCUCAGCGCCUUCGUGCUGCGGGACUGCAUGUGGAGCGGCUUCUCCGCGCGCGAGAAGCUCGAGCGGGCGGUCACCGAGAAGCUGCAGGCCAGUCCGCGGGGGGCACCGGCCGACGGCCCGGCCAAGGCCAGCGCGGCCGCCGCCGCCUCCGCGCCGCCCUCCGGCGCUGCGGGCGGCGCUGCCGCCCAGCUCCCGGCCCCCGGGGCCGCUGACCUGCGCAACCCGGCCUCCGAGUGCGUGGACCCAGCUGUGGUCUUCCCCUUCCCGGUGAACAAGCGAGAGACCCCGGCCGGAGCCGCCGGCACGUCGGGGGCGUCCCUGGGAGGGGCGGGACAGCCCCCCCGCGGCCCCGGGCGCCCCUUCCCCGCGGCUGAAACCAGGGCCAACAGCUGCUCGGGGGACGACACUCUGAGCGACUCAGAUGAUGAAGAGGAGGAGGAGGAAGAGGAAGAGGAGGAGAUCGACGUGGUGACGGUGGAGAAGCGCCGAGCGUCGUCCUCCAACAACCCCAAGGCAGUCACCACGUUCACCAUUACCGUUAGGCCCAAGAACACCGCCUCGGCCACCGCCGCUACCGCCACCAUCAGGGCGCAGCCGGGGGAGCUGAUCCUCAAGCGGUGUGCGCCCAUCCAUCAGCAGCACAACUACGCCGCGCCCUCCCCUUACGCAGAGAGCGAGGACGGGCCUCCCCUGAAGAAGAUGAAGGCCGAGGCCCCUCCCCGCCCCUCCAAGAGCGUCCCAGUGCCGCCCAAGGCCAAGAGCGUGAGUCCCCGGAACUCGGACUCCGAGGACAGCGAACGCCGCCGCAACCACAACAUCCUGGAGCGCCAGCGACGGAACGACCUGAGGUCCAGUUUCAUCACCCUCAGGGACCAUGUGCCGGAGCUGGUGAAGAACGAUAAGGCGGCCAAGGUGGUCAUCUUGAAAAAGGCCACGGAGUACGUCCACUCGCUGCAGGCCGAGGAGCGCCAGCUCCAGCUGGAUAAGAAGCAGCUGAUAACCCAGCAGGAACAGCUGCUCCGCAAGAUCGAGCACAUGCGGACUUGCUAAGCCAGGAGGCCUUGCUUUGGGGUCUUCUUGCCGGCCUCAGACAGUCACUGCCACUUUGCACACUUUUUUUUAAUUGUUCAAGAAAUAAUGGUGUUUUGACGUUAAGAAUGUUGGUUUACUUUCAAUACGGCCCUCUCUCCAAUGACUCAUCUGGGUGGGGGCGGCGGGCCGGACAUGGGGACCUCGGGGGGGCCUCGGGAGCUGGCCGGAGGAAAGAGAUGGACGCACCGCUGGGCGGGCGGGGGGUGCCUGGAGCCCGGCCCUCCUCCCUUGAUGUGCGGGCGGUCCUUCCACGGUGGGUCUGGAGCCUCCAGACAAAGUCGAGUCAGGCCUUCUUUGCUCCAUGGUGCUCACACGUCCCGGCCCACUGGUGGACUCUUCCCCGUGGGUCCAGGUCCCACCUGCUUGCUAUUCCGUUGCUCCUGGGGGAGCAAGUGAGAUCUCUGCCAGUAAGGAUUCCACGCUUGCCUUUGUCCGUGUUUGGGGGAAUGAGCCGAGCCGUGGCCGCCCUGGCCGCCAGUUUGGAGAUGGGCGAUUCCUACCUAAGUACUGUGAUGAUGCCUCAGUGUUUGAGGAGCAUGUUUUUCUAUACAGAUACUUGUUAAUCACUGUUCUAUACUGGACUAAUUCUUACUCUGUCUGUAUACUUUAGUAUGACGCGGAGACAUGACUACAUUUGAUACUUAUAUUUUCGUAUGAAAAUGAGUUGUGAAGUUUUGAGUAGAUAUUACUUUAUCACUUUUUGGAACUAAGAAGCUUUUGUAAAAAAAUGGACUUCUCUAGGUCUCUUCUUCCUCCUUGCCCUGUUUCUUGCUGUUGGCGUCCUUGUUAAUGUUGGGGGCAUAGAACUGGGGAUGGGCAAAGUUCUGUGUUUCACUUGUCUUGGAAAUGUCAAUUUAGUGCUGCAUCUUUGAGCACUUUGAAAUACCUCAUGUCUAUGAAAAUAAAGAGUCAUUGAAUGAUG